CAAACAACUAUUUCAGCCUGACAUCAAUAUGUCGGAACUUCCAGACUACUAUGCCAUCCUCGAGGUUGCUCCUUCUGCAACAGAGGAGGAAAUCAAGAGAGCCUACAAGAAGGCUGCCCUGAAAUGGCACCCCGACCGCGUUCCGUCUGAUUCCCCCGAGCGACCAAGGCGAACGAAGAUGUUUCAAAGGAUCAAUGACGCCUACUACACAUUGAGUGAGAAGAGCCGGCGGAGAGAUUACGACGAAGCUCGCCGCUUUCAAGGCACGGCUCAUUACGAUGAGGAUGCUGAUGAAGAGAUUCCACGUAAAGAGCCGGCAACUGGUGGGGCCUCCUGGGCCAGUUGGGGGUAUAAUACCUUCUUUGGUGGCCAAGGGCACGCUGCGCCAGAAGCAGACGGGACAGCAAAUGAUCAAUUCAAGAGUGCCUUCGAAGAGAUGAUGGAUGAAAACGACAUGGCCGACAACGCUGGAGACAAGAAAGUUCCAAAUCGACGCUUCUGGUCCCUCAUCGGCGGUGCUUCUGGUAGUGCUUUGGGUUUCAUCGUCGGCGGAGCCGUUGGAGUUCUCCCUGGCGCCGUAGCUGGAAGCCAGCUUGGUAAGAUCAGGGAUACGAACCAGAAGCCAGUGUACGCUGUAUUCCAGGAGUUGGAUCAGGGCAAGAAGGCCCGGAUCUUGAGCGAACUCGCCGCCAAGAUCUUCAGUGGUGCUAUAAGUUGAUCGCAUACACACAGAGUCUGUCAACGAGCUGCCUUUGGUUUUUCUUACACCUGGUUUCUAGGCUUUUCGCAUCAUGCUUGCUGGUCUACUUGGUGCGACGAGGCGGAGAUGGGCGGCUUCCCCAUAGGAGUACGGUGCAGGCGGUUUUUGUCAAUCUUUAGCCUGGUCCUUUCGUCAGAGUCCGUCGCGUUUCA